CAGCCUUGUGAAGUCAAAGACAUCAAAGCCUUCCUUUUGACCGCUCAGCGCAAGGAUGCAACCGCUUGUCGGAUAAAGAAAUCGACACGCAAAACCGGCCCAGGUACCACUAUUCCUGUCACCAAGUUCAAGGUCCGAUGUUCGAAAUACCUUUACACCCUCGUACUUACUGACUCCGAGAAGGCCGAGAAAUUGAGGGCGUCUCUACCACCC